AGCCAUUAGUUUCCAGCCAUGUUUCCUUCCGCCCAGUGUCGCGUCAUAUUCUAGGCGUGAGGGCAGACUCUGCACUUCCUUUAUUCCAGGACUUUUACACAGUCAGAUUUUUUACUUUGUUGUUAUCUCUCAACUGGCAAAUUCUUGUUGUUUCUAACUUUAGAAUUUUGUUAAAGACGUCCCUCUUUUGUCGAGGACAUGGAUUUCUCGCUGGCAGAUGCCAUAGCAGACGAUGUCCCGGGCCAAGCUGAGAAAGCAGCUAACCCCAACCCAGCCGCCUCCAACGCCCCUCCGCCCACUAACCCAGGAUGGCCUGGUGCGGCCCCCGGAGCCCCCACACAGCCCUCUGCUCCUGGGGGAUUCCCUGGGGGGCCACAGUCUGGUUCAGGGGCCCCAGGGCAGUUCCCUGGAAGUCAAGGACCCUUCUCUUCCGGUCCCGGAGCACCAGGGCAGUAUCCUGGAGCUCCCUCUGUCCCUGGUGGGUUCCCGCCCGGCCCAGGGGUACCGGCACAGUACCCAGCUGGACCUGGAGCACCAGGACAGUACCCAGCUGGGCCUGGAGCUCCGGGUCAGUGCCCAGCUGGGCCUGGAGCACCGGGACAGUACCCAGCUGGGCCUGGAGCACCGGGACAGUACCCAGCUGGGCCUGGAGCACCGGGACAGUACCCAGCUGGGCCUGGAGCCCCGGGGCAAUACCCAGCUGGGCCUGGAGCCCCGGGGCAGUACCCAGCUGGACCUGGAGCACCAGGACAGUACCCAGCUGGUGGAGCCCCCGGCCAGUUCCCUGGAGCCCCCAUGCAGUACCCGUCUGGACCCUUCCAAACUAGCCCCGGAGCACCCCAAGGACCCUACCCUAACGUGCCUUACCCAGGAGCCCAGCCUGGUGGUGGGAUGUAUGGGCCUGGAGGUCCAGGAGCUGCCUUCUCUCCUGCAGGAGGCACCUUCUCUGGUGGAGGCUUCCCUCCUAUCCCCCCUGGAUCAUGGGGUCCUCGAGGUGGUGGAGGCUUCCCUCCCCAGCCGGGCCACCCAGGGCCCAUGGGACCAUACGGGGGGCAAGCGGCUCCAGGAGGCAUGCUGCCCAGACAUAAUAUACCAUAUCCACCACAUUUUUGAAAGCACUGAACUCUUCAGAUUUUCAGUCAGAUGAGGACACCAACCACAGAAAGUCACCUUGUGGUUUGGUUUAAGAACUACAAGAAAGCAGCAGCAUUUUGUAUUUGGUUGAAGAGGUUUUUAUUAGCUAAUACCUGGGGGGGCGGAGAAAGGGAGCCCAAUAAUGUUUGCUGUCAUUCAAGUGCAAUACAUAGCCUCGGAUUUUUACAUUUUAUAUUAUUUCACUCUUAAACUUUCAUUAAAGUCACACUUAUCUUUUAUAAUAACAUUUUAUAUGCUACUUUCUAGAAAAGCCAAACAUCAUUUGGGUAGUAAUCCUCCUGUACUCGUGUGUUUGCCAGCGUUGAUAAAAUGUCCAAUUGUGUUAAAUAUUUGAAAUAAAGAAUACUAUCACUUGUG